AGAAUAGCAAAAGAAGCGUACGAUUUCCUGCGGUGUCGUGAAUUGCGAUUCGGAGACUAAGGCCCAACUGCUGGUCUGAGCUGUGUUCCGUAGGCACGUUGCCGCAUGUUGAACUGACGAGGAUCCUUGGGCAUCAUGACAAGCUCGGACUCUGAAGAGCAGGCAAGACCGCGAAAGCGCUCGAGAGCGGGUAUCAGCAAAAAUGAAACUGUGGAAGGAAAGAAGAUGAGGGGAAGGCCAAGAGUGGAUGCUCAGGAUGCAACUGCUGCCGAUCGGAGAAGAACACAGAUCCGUCUCGCGCAGCGAGCGUAUCGCCAACGCAAAGAAACGACGAUCGCUUCGCUGCAGCAGCAGACCACGCAGCUUCAUGCCAUCAUUCAGCACAUGAACAAGACGUUCGUGCACUUGAAUGAAUCAGCGCAGAAUUCGGGCUUGUUGCAGUCAAGUUCUGCUCUUACGCAAGAGUUCAAGCAUGUGUCUGAAACAUUCGCGAAUCUAGGGAAGACCGCUAGCGAGAGCUAUCACGAGGGCGGGGAAGAAGACCAAAGUGAACCUGCUGCAGAGCAAAGCCAUCAUGUACAGGGCUCGAGGGUAGAGGAAUACAGUUACGUCCCGACGAAAGAGGAUCAUGUCGAUAUGGGGUGGGGUUAUUCGGCCGUUACAACACAACCGUUACAGAAGUACACUCCACCGCAAAGUCAUAUCCAACAACCCGACCACCACUUUCAACCCUCCAACUCAUACAAUGGCGUAUCAAAUACAGCUGAACAGUCCACCCUCGUCCGCCGGCGCCAGUUCACUGCCUGCGAAGGACUCGACCAGCCAGUAUCAAUUCAUACGACGCCAUAUCAGCAACCAGUCCCGUCUGCAUCAAGUCAACAACAACAGUCCCCCUUUGGCCUCGUAGACCGACUCAGUCCUACAUCAGCACGAUACACACCACCCAUACCCUACGAACACCCCGUUAUCUUCCCAACUCCAAUGAUACCUCAUCUUCAGCUCGAGACACCUACCUUGCAGAUGUCACCAAAUUCUCUAACCACCAAGACUCUGAGCCCGAUACAAUCACACGCUUACGACGAGACAUCGUUUGCAAGACAACUACUACGCGCAACACUAGAAAGUGCUUUCCGUUUACUUACAUACGAAGGCUCCAUUCGGCCCAUGGCGAUGAACCAUGUGUUCAAGCUCUCCUUGUACUUUUUCAACCUGGAUAACCUGCGUACACGGUUCAGAGACUUGCUGUCCCGUAGCAUCAACGAAGAGCUGGACUGGUGGGAAGCACCGUUCUUACAUCUUGGCGGCGCAGGCACUCACUACCCUCGCCGCGACGCAGGUGGAAACAUUAUUUCCAUGAGAAACAGCUGGACAAUACGCCAAAUCGGGCCCAUGGAGAAACGAAUGGUGAGGGUAGAAAGCGUAGCAGACGGGCAAUGGGAAGACAUUGAUGGCGUAGAUCUUAGUGGUUUCGAGGGAGAGUGGUUCGACGCGUACGACGUGCAGGGCUAUCUCGAAGAGCGCUGGGGAUGCAGAAUUGACCCAAAGAGUUCGUUUGCAGAGUGUUGGGUGGAAGAAGAGGAGGAUGACGCGCCAACUUCUAGCCCCCACUCCGGUCUCUCCUAUGGAGACGGAAGGAGGGAAAGCGAUUCUCCAUCGCUCAGCCAGGGGUCCACGUCAACGAGGUCUUCCAAUCAGCAACAGGACCCUGAAUUCCGGGUCCCAGACGCGCCGUUUGGACUCGAUAUGCCGUUUGCGACUGGACCAAUGUCGAGUUUUCCAAAUGAGUCUUUGAAACCUGUGAACCUGGAUUUGUCGUACGACCAGACGCUUGGUUUAGAUCUUGCGCCUAGUUAUGACUUUGGCGGGCACAACCUCGACGCGAAUAUGAGUCGGAUGAACGACAGUGAACAGUUUCCUGUCAUCAGACAGAAGAAGAAGAAAAUGGCGUGGAUUGAGGUCCCGAUGUUUAUCAGCAAAAUGAUAUCGCAAUGUGUUUGCUUGGGACGGGCGCCGGGCUUUCGCAGAAAGGCUAUUGAUGUUGCGAUGAGGGAGUCUUUUGCCGUUGCGUAUUGAGCGUAUUAGUGUUUGAUAUAUUGAGAAGUAGACUACGGUCCGUGAACAGAUACCCAAAGAAAGGCUACGACAUUCGGUACACAUGUAAUAACAAUAUCAUAUUAUAU